UUCAACAACAAUGAAAUCUUGUCAACCACCUCUGUAGCUUGCUAGCCAAUAUAUCUGAAACAUUGGAGCUCUUUAGACGCUUAUACAUUUCCGUUGUAUCUACUAGUUACCCCAUUUAAUUGCUAAUUGUUGUUGUUAGUCAGCUAACUGUCUGGAUAAAGUAACACUAGGCUAGUCGCUAGCUAGCUAACAUCCUCGACCAUGAGCUCACUAAGCUACUCCCCCCCUGCUAAAGAAGAGGUCUGCUGGACGGAGAAAGAAACUCUCGUGAAAGUGGAGAAUGAAGAAGAGGCCGUCACCGUAAAAAAAGAGGUAGAGGGUGAAUCUGUCGCAGUGAAAGAAGAAGAGAAAGAAUUUACAGUGAAAGAAGAGGAAGGAGCUUUCAGAGUGAAAGAGGAGGACGUUACUGUAAAAGAAGACGAGGAGGAAAAUAAAAAUGAGGAUGCUUUUUUUGGAGUGAAAGAGGAGGAUAUGACUGUCGCAGUGAAGGGAGAGGGAUACGUUUUUGGAGUGAAGAAGGGGGAGAUUACUGUCACAUUGGAGGAGGAGACUGGCGAUCUGAUUAGCACCAGAGAGAGACCAGACUCUCACUCUGAAAGCGGGACGAGUCCCUCAGAGGAACCAGACCCAGAAACGUCCAAACCAGCAAGACCACAUCACUGCUCUCAGUGUGGAAAGAGAUUUAUCCAGUUAGGGCACCUGAAAGAACAUAAGAGAACGCACACAGGGGAGAAGCCUUACCACUGCUCCCAAUGUGAAAAUAGAUUUUCCUCAUCAGGGUCCCUGAAAUCACACGAGAGAACGCACUCAGGAGAGAAGCCUUUCCAAUGCUCCCAGUGUGGAAAGAGUUUUACCCGGUUAGGGAGCCUGAAAAAACAUGAGAGAAUACACACAGGAGAGAAGCCCUAUCAAUGCUCUGAUUGUGUGAAGAGUUUUAGCUGGUUAGAGCAUCUGGAAGAACAUAAAAGAAUACACUCAGGAGAGAAGCCCUACCAAUGCUCCCAAUGUGGAAAGAGUUUUACCCGGUUAGGGCAUCUGGAAGAACAUAAAAGAAUACACUCAGGAGAGAAGCCCUACCAAUGCUCCCAGUGUGGCAAGAGUUUUACCCGGUUAGGGAGCCUGAAAAAACAUGAGAGAAUACACUCAGGAGAGAAGCCCUACCAAUGCUCCCAGUGUGGAAAGAGUUUUACCCAGUUAGGGAACCUGAAAGAUCAUAAGAGAAUACACACAGGAGAGAAGCCUUUCCAAUGCUCUCAGUGUGGAAAGAGUUUUACCCAAUCAGGGUACCUGAAGUCACAUAAGAGGACACACACAGGAGAAAAGCCUUACCAUUGCUCCCAGUGUGGAAAUAAUUUCUCCACGUCAAGUAACCUAAAAAAACAUGAAAGAAUACACUCAGUAGAGAAGCCUUUCCACUGUUUUCAUUGUGAAAAGAGUUUUAAGAAGUUAGGGAAACUGAAACGGCAUGAGCAAAGACACACAAGCGAGAAACCUUUUUCAACUACUCCUGUGGAUUGAAAUUUACUUGGGUAAAGCAACUGAAAUCACAUGAAAUAAUCCACACCAGAGAGAAACUUUAUCAAUGCUCCCAGUAGCUAGGUUUCCAUCCAAUUUGCGACAGAUUUCAAUGCAAAUAUUCAAAAAUAUGCAUGAAAAAUAUUAAAAUUUUCCCACCAGAGGUGUGUUUCCAUCAAAGUGACUUGUUGAAAAUAAAAAGCUGUGGGUGAUGACAUAGUGCACAUAAAAAGCACUAAGUCGUAUAACUUUUCAUUUAGGCCUACCAAAUAAAACAAGUAUAUGUUUCCAUCCCUUUUUUUUUUCUGUCGAUGAUUUGGCACAAAAAGUCUGGCACAAUCCAGACUCUGUCAGAGCCGGCCGCGACCGGGAGACCCAUGGGGCGGCACAUAAUUAGCCAGCGUCGUCCAGGGUAGG